CUCCUUUACUACACAGUUCAACAUGGCUGAUGUUAUCAAGACCGAUGUAUUCAUCUGUGGCGGUGGGCCUGUUGGCCUGCUCAUCGCCUAUGGCCUUGCAAGACAGGGUGUAGACUCCAUUCUUGUUGAACAACAUGACAAAUCUCAGCAAGCCAUGUAUGGCCGCGCAACAACCCUAUACCCCCGCACCCUGGAGCUGCUGGAUCAACUGGGGUUGUUGGAUGACCUGAAUCAGAUUGGGUAUGUUGCUCGCAACAGUGUGACGUAUAAUGGAGACAAGCGUGUGACUUCACGUGGCUGGCAUGUCAUGUUCCAGCGCAUGCACGGGACAUACCUGGACUAUUGUCUUAAUAUUCGCCAGAAGUUCUCGGAAGAGGUAAUUCGCGAUGCGUAUGAGGUGCUCCGGGGGAAGCCAUAUAUUGGAUGGAAACUAGAGGGCUUUUCUGUUGAUGAAGAUCCUUGUGAUGAUGAUUACAAGGUGACCUCGCAGAUAACCGAGGUUGCCUCGGGUAGGACUUUGACGGUGAAAAGUAAAUACAUCGUUGGCGCAGAUGGUGGUCAUUCUCUUGUGAGACGCUUGGCUGGAAUCCCCUUCGAGGGAGACCACACAAACUUCAAAUGGGUGCGGAUCGAUGGACACUUCAAGACUGAUAUGCCUGACUCUGAUGUUGGCUUUGCUUCCAUCGAAUCCAAAAGUCACGGUAAUGUUCUCUGGGUUCAACUGGACCAUGGUGUGAAGCGAAUCGGAUUUGCCAUGACAAAGGAAAUGCUUGCCAAGUAUGGAGACAAGCUCACGCUUGAAGAUGCUAAGAAGGAGGCUAUCAAGUCCAUGGAACCAUUUUCGUUGGAGAUUGAGUCUAUCGAAUGGUGGACUCUGUAUGGUAUCAACCAGCGGGUGGCUGAUUCUUUCUACAACAACGAUCGUGUGUUACUGGCAGGCGAUGCUUGUCAUACGCACUCAUCCGGUGCCGCGCAGGGCAUGAACACUGGCGUCCACGAUGCAGUUAAUCUAGCCUGGAAGUUGGGCGGUGUUGCCAAAGGCUGGUAUGGCGCCGAUAUGCUUCGUACUUAUGAUUCGGAACGGCGCCCAGCAGCGCAGCACCUGAUCGGUCUUGACAAAGCCUUCUCGGCUACUAUUUCAGGCACCGUGCCCGACGGCUAUAAGGAUCUCGCUUUAGAUGCGAACGAGCUAUUCACGAAGAUCUUCGAUGACACGAUUCAGUUCAAUAUUGGAUUGGGAAUUCAUUACGAUGAAAACAUCAUCAACAAGGACCCCUUGGCGACCAUGAUAUCGGCAGGUUGGAGAGCCCCAGAUGCAUUGGUCUACGCCCCUGGCUCCAGGCUGCCUACCCGACUGUUCCAUCUGACCCGCAACACCGGUGCUUGGUCUGUGAUUGUGUUCGCCGGACGGCCAGAUAAGACCAAGGACAGCCUCACCCGUGGCGUGGAGGCACUGAAGAACAUUAGUGAAACACUUCCUCGCGGCAUGCUUCGGUUUCUCACUGUGGUUGCUCAGAGUCCAGCUGGAGGGGACCAGGUCUUUGAUAUUCCGAAAAUUGGCCGAUUGUACUAUGACUCGGAGCGGUCCGCUCAUACUGCCUAUACUGUCUCCGAUGUCAACGGCACGGUCGUUAUUGUCCGUCCUGAUGGGAUCUUGGGCUACGCGACGCGUCUUGAGGAAAUGAGCAGCAUUCCUGGCUACUUUGCGGGUUUUGUGACGCCGCAGUGA